UUGCGAUCUCCAGUCUCUGAUCUGUGUAAGCUCUCUACCACCAACUUCUCAGCGAUCAUCGAUCUUGAACAUAUCACGAAGCGAUCGAAACCCAGAUCAAGGAGCGCAUCAAGACAAUGGAGGGGGGCGACGGCAGAACGGGCGGCGGAGAUGAGAUGGCGACGGAGAUGGGAUCGGGGGAAAUGGAGCACGACGUCCAACGCAUCCUCGAAAAGAUCGAUCAGUUCACUCAACAGGUGUGGGAGCUGCUGGACGCAGGGAGGACGCUGUUCAAAACCCUGUCAUCGGAAUUCGAAGAACGCUUGAUCUCAAUCCACAAGGAGCAGAUGGCGAAGUGGCAGGAGGAGAUCAAGGAGAUGCAGUUGCGUGACACAUGCAACGAAACAGCUCGAGCUCUCCUUGAGAACGCCCAGCACUUGCUUCGCAGUGCUCCUCAGGCCUCUCCUACACAGCAGCCUCUGCAGGAUUUCUCAGGUGAAAUGUAAGUGGCGAAGGUGAAAUCUGUGCUUUUGUUUUACUCCUAUGUACUGCCUAAUUCACGAUAACACGACAAUUGUUGCACCCAUGCAACUAGCAAUUCAUAGCUGUGUCA